UGAGUGAAAAGGGUAGGCCGGCCGGGCAACGUGAGAGUACAAGCGAGCGACUUCUGGCUUCCGUCUCCGUCGCCGCCACCCCGAGCAGCACCCGCAAGGAUCGAUGCUUUUAGGGCUCAAAACUUGGCCUCUCAGGUCUCUACCCUCCUCGCUUCGAUUCCUUUCCUUCUCUACUCCCGCACCGCCGCUCCAAGACACGAGCCCCAUCUCCCCCUCCGAUCUCGAAUCCCUCGUCCUGCGUCAGUACCGUGCCGGCAAGUUCCACAACCUCCUCCCCUACGUCGUCGCCACCCCCUCCGUCCUCCUCGCCGCCAUUGGCCGCCUUCUCUCCCGCGCCAACCCCUCCAUCCCUACGCCUUCCCUCGCCGCCCCGCCCUUCUCCGUCGAUGCCCUUGCCGAUGAACUCGGCUGUGGCGGCUUCGACCCCGCCGCCCACUGCGCCACCCUGCUCCCUUCUCGGAAGAAGGGAGAGGCCCUUACCCUUCCCGAUCUCAAGCUCAAGGUCGUCGUCGAGGCCGUCCGGAUGGCUCUUGAGGUCGUCUACGGGAAGAGGUUCGCCACGUUUGCCUACGGCGGCAGGGAGUCCAUGGGUCGCCACACCGCCGUCCGCUACCUCAAGACCACGGUCCAAAACCCUACGUGGUGGUUCCCCGUCGCCCUCCGCCGCGAGCCUUUCGGGACCCGCCACCUACGCCGCCUGGUUGCCAUCUUGGAGGAGAAAAUUGAGGACCCUGCUCUCGUUGCCCUAGUUGAGCGCCUAUUUGGCUCACAGACAAUAUCCAUCGAGUUUGGAGGAGUCCAACUGGGCCGCGGGUUCCCUCAGGAGAGCGACCUGAGUGCCAUUAUACUCAAUAUCUACCUUGACGCCCUGGAUCGGGAGAUUAAAGAUCUCCGGGCUGAAAUCCACAAGAAGAACCCGAGGCUUGGUGGCCUCGAAGAGAACGAGACUUCCGGGGUUUUUCACAAGCCAAUUAGGGUUUAUGCCGUGCGAUAUCUGGAUGAGAUAUUGUUGGCUACUUCUGGCUCAAAAUUGUUCACCAUGAAUGUUAAAGACAGGAUUUUGAAGGUCUUAGAGGACAAUUUGGAGCUCAAAGUUGAUAAAUUGAAGACUUCAAUCCACAGUGCUGUCUCUGAGAAGUUGAAUUUCCUUGGAAUGGAGCUUCAGGCCGUGCCUCCUUCAGUCCUGCACCCACCAAUGUCAGAGAAGGCCAUUCGAGCUAAGAAGAAGUAUCUAAAGAGGAAGGCAGCGAAGGCUCAGGAGUUGAAGAAUGCUCGUGAGACUAGACGGAAGAAGCUUGGUUUGAAGAUAUUGAACCAUUUGUUUAAGAAGCUCAAGCGUGGGCAUGAAUUUGAAUUUGAUUUCCGGAUAGAGAGUGAGGUUAGGGAGGUCUUUGCAAAUUGGGCACAUGAGGUGGUGGCAGGGUAUUUUAAGUCUAGAGAGGACUGUUGGCAUUGGCACCGGAUGCUCAGUACUGGUGAUUUUUUGUCUUUGAAGAGGAUUAGGGAUCAAUUACCACAUGAGCUGGUGGAUUCCUAUGACCAUUUUCAGGAGAAGCUUGAUAAGUAUUUGAUGCCUAUUGGGGCUACUAGAGAUGUGGAAGAAGAGGAAAGACUGGCAGAGGAAGAAGAAGAGAGGAAAUAUGCUAAGAGAACUGUAGAGGACUUGACAGAGCUGCGAAUGAGGGUGAAUGCCCCGAUGGAGCUCGUAAGGAAAGCUGUGAAAUUGGCUGGAUUUACGAAUUCGAUGGGAAGGCCCAGGCCUAUUAAGUUGCUCAUCUGUUUGGAUGAUGCUGAUAUAAUAAAAUGGUAUGCUGGUGUGGGGAGGAGAUGGUUGGAGUUCUUCUGUUGUUGUCGUAACUUUAAAAUGGUGAAGACGAUCGUCACCUAUCACUUGAGGUUCUCAUGUUUCUUGACAUUGGCAGAAAAGCAUGAGGCCACAAAGCGCCAGGCCAUUAGUCAUUAUACUAAAGAUCUGAAGGUUACAGAUGUAAAUGGAAUGGAAGCGGUGCACUUUCCAACUGAAAGGGAGGUGAAGAUGAUGGGGGAUCAGAAUCUCUCUGAUCCAAAGCCUGUGGAUGGUGCCUUAACUCUUAUAUUGGCUAGAUUAGCCACCAAUGAAUUUUCUUUCCCUUGCUUGGCUCAUUUUUGUGGUCAGGUUGAUACUGUUUUAUAUAGAAUACGUUUGCUCCAAAAUCGUUUAAAUGUGGAUCCCCUUAACAAGAGCAAGUGGGUUCCAGGGAUGGGAGCUAUACAUGAGAGCCUAAAUAAAAAAUGUCUUCCACUUUGUUCCAAACAUGCAAGUGAUUUAUUGUUGGGCAAGAUCUCUCUUCAAGACAUUGAUUGUACCUCCUUCGUGGAUAUGUAAUAAAUCUUCUAGGAAGUAUCUCACAGAAAUCACUUGAUGGUUGCCAGCCACUUAUUGUGUGACAUAUAUACUCAUCGUGGCUAAAUGUUGUGGAGUGAAUAGAGUAGUCACAUUCCAGAAUCAUACAAAUUUUACCCUGUUACCCACCAUUGAAUUCCCACAAUUUCUCUUCAAGGGAAGCUAUGUCAAAGAUUGUGGAUCUCCAAUGUUUUCUACAGUUGAGAGAUUCGAAUGACAAGUGAUGGAUAGGCAUAAAAUAUGCUGUGUGGAUGUGGAUGUCCAUCUGAUGUGCUCUGAUGUUGCAACUUAUGCUACUUCAACGGUAGCUCCGGGGAAGACAAGGGAUGAUGGAUGUGGUUAAGAGACAGACGUUUUACAUGCUGCAGUUGGCUAAAUCCUUGUUAUAUCUCAGGUGAAAUGGCGGACCCUUGAAAGUUGUGAUUUUACCAAAUCAAAUUCCGCAUGUUGCGCUAGCAAGAGCAUAAGGUGGACGGAUUUCUUCUUCUCUAAGAGUUCAUAGAGGACAUCCAUUGCAGGGUCAGUAUGUGCUGUGGAUGUCUGAAUGCCACAGGCACUCAUGUUGUUCACCACCCAAUGGCUUUGUCGAAUAUGAUGGUUUCGAUUCCUGCUGUUGUGCUAUCUCUAUUUUAUUUGUAUCAGUUACAAUUUCAUAGGAAGAACAGAUGAAAUUGAUUGGGAGCACGAUGUUUUUAGAUAUUGGUGCUUAAUAUGAUAUAUGUAUGUAUUGUCUUUGUUGAGAUAACGGAUUAGUUAAUGAAUUAUUGGUCUCAGAUUCGAAUUCA